ACCCCUUCUUAUAGGCAAUAACCUUGCUUGUCCCAUGAGCAACACCCAAAACUCUCCCUUUGCCCACACUCAAAGAACCACACCAACAUUAACCCUCUAAAAAUCACUUGUAACAUUAAUACUACACAAAAAAAAAAAAAAAAGACAAAAAAUCCCACAUCUUCUCUUCUCUUCUCUUCUCCCAAAUCCAAUUCCCAAAACAUGUCAACUUUUCAGCCUCAACAACCCCAACUCCAAAACCAACCACAACAACAACAACCCGUUGUGGUUUAUCCAAACCCCGUCACCAAACAGCCACCAGGCUCCUCCCACCACUCAAACGGGUCGUUUGGGACAGUCUUCAUCAUCCUCGCAGUCAUCGCCGUCGUUUCCGCCAUCGCUUGCCUUCUCGGGAGGCUCUGCAACCGGCGGGUCCACAGCCAAAAGCCAAAGGCGCAAACCAGCCACAAGCCAUCACGUAGUACUCGCAAAGAUAGACUAGAUCAUCACGUUGAGUUUGGGAGUGACAGUGGCCAAAAUAAUAAUUUUCGUCCCAGAGAUCAAGGAGAUGUUGAGUUUGGGAAUAAUCCGAAUAUAAAUUCUCGUCCCAAUAAAGAAGGAGAAGAUAUUGAGUUUGGGUUUGAUAAUAAGAGAGGAGUUCCAAAUGGGAAUAAUAUUAAAACUAAUGGGAACAGAGAGGGAAGAGGGCAUGUGGUGUUUGAGAAUAUUACUGGCGCCGUGAAGCAUCAUGCAGGUGAUCAUCAUGAUCAUGGAGGGCCCAGAGCCAAUCCUGAAUGAUAUGUAUACGAGAUUAAGUUGGUUUGAUUUAGGUUUAUAUCUCAGAAUCCUUUUCUUGUUUAUCAUUAUUUCUUGUGGGGUAUUUUUUUUAAGCCAUUUUUUUUAUUUUUAUUUUUUUCACGUACUGCUGUGUAAUUGUAAGUUGUAACUGUAUAUAAA